UAUAGGCUCUCCGUCCAAGACGGGCCUAACACAUACCGAACACGAGCGUUCAAGUCCCACGAUCCACCGUCGACUGCGUAGUCUCCGUUCCUUUCUCUCUCUACGCCUCUCUAAGCCAAACUCUCAUGGCAGGAUCGGAAGACUCUCCCGCCGGCAAGCAUGUGGCGGUUUUCACCUUCCCGUUCGCCUCUCACGUGGCACCGCUCCUCUCCCUCGUGCGGCGGAUAGCAGCGGCAUCCCCCGCCACGAUGUUCUCCUUCUUCAGCUCGGAGAAAUCCAACCUCACGCGCUUCCCAGGGGGCAGGAGGGACGCCACCUGCCCGAACCUGGUGGCAUACGACGUGUGGGACGGCGCGCCCGAGGGGUACGUGCCGUCAGGGAGGAACCCGGUGGAGCCGGUGGAGAUCUUCCUGCGCGUGGUGCCGGGGAACUUCGAGAGCGUCCUCCAUGCGGCGGAGAGGGAGAGAGGGCGGAAGAUCACCUGCCUGCUGACGGACGCGUUCUACUGGUUCACCGCGGACAUGGCUCAGGAGCGGAGCGUGCCCUGGGUUCCGGUCUGGACGGCCAGCCCCUGCGCCCUCCUCGCGCACCUGGAGACGGACUCGAUCCGACAAAUCUUCGGAACCUCAGGCAUGACGCUCGAUGCGAUUCCGGGAUUGUCGGCGAUGAGAAUGAUGGACAUGAUGAAGGAAGUCCUCGAUGAGACCGCGCCCUUCCCGACCAUGCUCUACAGAAUGGGUCAAGUGCUUCCCCAGGCGGCUGCCGUCGUUGCCAACUCCUUCGAGAACAUAGACCCGAUUGUCGAGGGGGAGCUGCGCUCCAAACUGCGGAAGGUCCUCGACGUUGGGCCGUUCGUUCUGUCGCCUCCGCCGCCGCUCUCGGAUGAGCACGGCUGCAUCCCGUGGCUGGACGAGCAAGAGACGGCCUCGGUCGUGUACGUCUCCUUCGGGAGCGUGAUCAGGCCUCCCCCGCACGAGAUAACCGCCAUCGUGAAGGCUCUGGACAAGACCGCCUCCCCGUUCCUUUGGUCCUACAGGGGCGACGCGAAGGCAGAGAUCCCGCAGGAGCUCCUCGAGAGCGCGGCGGGGACGAGGGGGAAGGUGGUGCCGUGGGCCCCGCAGCUGCACGUACUGGGGCACCGCGCGGUGGGGGCGUUUGUGACGCACUCGGGUGGAACUCAGUGCUGGAGAGCAUGAUCGGGGGCGUGCCGAUGGUGGGGAGGCCCUUCUUCGGGGACCAGAGCAUGAAUGCAAGAGCCGUGGAGGCGGUGUGGCAGAUCGGGGUGGCGGUGGAGGGGGGAGCAUUCACCGAGGAGGCGACGGCGGUGGUGCUCGAGCGAGUGCUGGCCGGCGAAGAAGGGAAGCGGAUUAGGGAGAGAGUUGGGGCGCUGAAGGAGAUGGCUUUGGGGGCCGUGGAGCCGCAAGGUAGCUCCACAAGGAACUUCGAUGCCUUGGUUGAGAUUGUCACCGGAUGAAGCAAAAUCAGAUGGUAGAACAGAACCUCAUGAAUGUCUAAAUCUAUGUUGGAGGAGCUAACCUUUAUGGCUUAAAGGGUAACUUGUGGUUUAAGGGCUGGACUCUAGCAACAUUGAUUCUGCAUUGGAUUA